UCCGCAUCUCCCCGCCUGCAUCAAACAACCGAGUCCGACUCAGGCCUCGCAUUCCCCGAUUAUUUUGCAAAAUAAAAUGCAAUUUCACGUAGGCAGAUUUCAUCGAGUCGCCAAACCAUUUGUUUGUAUAAUUGAGAGGGGAGGCAAUAACCGGUAAACAAUAAUUGACCAGCUAUUGUCCAUAUCUGUCGAACGAUACUGAUAAGCGAAUGCCCGAGUCAACAAAUGACACAAAAAUACGUCGAAGUUGAAUGAGACAUAACUUGUACUUGCCUGACUAUAAGUGAUCGAUUCCAAAAUGAUUAGUUAUCUUCUGGCGUUAAUCGUCAGGUAAACGUAGUCAAUAAAUCAACGAUACAUCGUACAGUCGACGAUGAAAACAACCGGGGAAAAUUUACGUGUCAGCACAAUAAUUUUUCGCAAAUAGGUUCGAAAAAAAAUUCCCAUAAGUCCCAAUAAAAAUUCUCGUGCUGACAUGUGAAUUUUUCUAAGCAGUACAAAUAAACCCAUUUUACAGUGCUAAUGCGGCAAUGUUUCUCGGAUUUUUUUUCUUUGUAUAGACCGCCGCGCACUCACGAUUUCCCAAUUAUAAAACCCCGAGUCCCUGGGGGGUAGGAUGCAAAGCCUAAUACUCCCAUGCAAAAUGAUACACAGAAGAAUACGAAAAAAGCCUGUCGAGAUCACGCAAGGAGCGUCAUGACUCCGUGCUUGGUGGCCGUCAGGGAAUGCUUAUCAGUUUGUCGACACCGUUUCGCUUUGCUAUAACGACAAUUGACUGCGGUUGGAUACACCUGUGUCUUUGUUUCAUUUUCAAUCUUCAUUUGGUCGUUGAAUCUCCCGUGAUACGCAGCUACACAGUUGCUGCGGCCAAUUGUCACCCGGAGCUUGGAAAAUUUGGUGAUGAAUUGAUCGUAUUGGUUCGACUGUUUCGCGAGUGGUGAAGUUGGUGACUUUGACGGAUCUCGAGGAGGAUUUAAAAAUUAUUCCAUUGUUAUCAGUGAGUUUAGAAUUUUUGGAGAGUGAGAGCGACAGUCGUGAGAAUUUCUGUUGGUCUUCUAAGUGAAUAAAUGUCAUUACAAACGGCUGUCGAUCGACUUCGGGUAUUGUGAGCCUUCAAUGGCGAAAGAAUUAAGGGAUUUUUCGUUUUACGGUUUGUUCUAGUAGUGAGUGAUUCAGAAAUGUGUUUCUUCAUUGGUUGGCGUGAAGGUGGUAUAAAAAUUCCGAAUUUGUGAUUCGGGGCCGUAGGAUUCUGGCUAACCAGGGGCACCUCGGCGAGAGCCCCUUUGACACUGGAUCCUGGGGUAAAGAACACUUCCAGCCAACCACGGCGCCCUGGCAGCUGAAUCCACGCGGCCACGCACGACCUGGGGACGAUGGCAUAAUGGAUCAUGACACGGACGGAGACGGAGCGAUCAACUUGUCAACGUCUCAGCGACCCUCCGCCUCGACAACCCCCAAUGGUGAUGGUCCAGUCUACGGCCAAGAUCAACAAGACAACGAUCAGGCAACAACACUGUACGCAGCCCUGAAACAACAUCAAUCUCGUGAUUUGGCCUGGGAGCGCGAGAGAGAAAAGGAUAAGGUGCAACAGACACGAAUAAGAGAACGAGGGGGUGGAGGUGGUGGUGGUGGUGGCUCCGAGGGAGCCGAUCAGUCAGAUAUCACAAUCGAGUAUAGAAGCAAUGGGAAGCUCAGUCCCACUGGGCAACACACAGUGACAGCAGCACCCAUGACCCAGCAAAAGCAGCCGAUAAUUGCCCAACAGUCACAGCAACCAAGUUCAGGGACACCAGGCUCCCAACCCAGUCCCCAUCAGAGUCCUCAAGCACCCCAAAGGGCAUCACCCACAAAUCCAAUUCAGGGACCAUUACAGCCAGGUGGUCCACCUGGUGGUCCACCCAUUCAGAAUUCCACCCAGAUGAUGCUCAGCCCAGCGAGCGGAAUUCAUCAGAUGCAGCAACUACUGCAGCAACAAACUUGGAGUCCAACUCAGCUGCAAUCAAUCAUGCAGCAUACGCUGUAUUUGCAACAGCAGCAGCAACAGCAGCAUCAUCAGGAAUCGUCUAACGAUCAUGCUGCCAGUCAAGACCGUCUAGGCUACUUCACCCUAAAAAAUCAUCAACAUCAAUUAGCAGAAUUGGGGAGGAAACAAUUGGAGCAGAAUAUGCAGCAACUCCAAGAGCAGCUGCAGUUAAAUCUUCUUCAACAGUCGCAUCUGAUGCAGACUGCUGACAAAAAGAAAUCAUCUGUGCCACUUCAGCAAUUAGGGAUCCAACAGCAACAGAUUAUUCAACAGUUGCAGAUCACGCGAGGGCAGUACGGAUUACUGCAGCAGGGGCUGAGUUUACAGGGGCACAAUCACACGUCCGGCAAUUUACCCGGUGAAGCACUGCCAGGAUGGAAGUCGGAGUCUUCGGAAGGGGGGGAUAGUCAUCAAAAUUCAAGUAUACCAAAGUCAGCGGCUAGUUCAAAUGGUUUGAUGAAUUCAAUGGUGUUGAGUCGAAGAUCAGACGUAAAUGGUACCUCAGGUCCAGAUGAAAAACCAUUAGACGUUUCUUGCAAUGACAAAGGUAAUCCUCUGUAUGGACAUGGGGUUUGCAAGUGGCCGAGCUGUGAAGUGCUCUGUGAUGAUUAUCAAGCAUUCCGCAAACAUCUAAAUACAGAGCAUACCCUGGAUGACAGGUCGACGGCGCAGGCGAGGGUACAGUUGCAAGUGGUUACACAAUUGGAAAUACAAUUGCAGAAGGAGAGGGAUAUACUAGCGGCGAUGAUGCAUCAUCUGCAUGUUGCUAAACAAAUAGCCUCACCUGAACCACCAAAGUCAUUAGAAUCAUCCCCGGGAUCGAGUUUACCGAAGCUGGGUUUAUCCUCGGGGUUAAUGAGUCAACCCCCUCCCAACUUCAGUGUCUCCCAGGUGUCAACAGUGUCGAUGUCAGCUCUAGUAUCGGCAGUAAGAUCACCAGCAGGUGGACAAUUGCCUCCCUCAGGUGGUCCCAUGCCCCCAAUGCCAAAUAUGACGAAUCUACCGGGCAUGCCACCAAUGCCCAAUAUGCCUGGCAGCAUCACAAGCAUACCAGGAGCCCUUCCAAGCAUGGCUGGACCCAUUCGGAGAAGAAUCAGUGAUAAAUCCGCCCUCUCCCUAGCAGGAGGUUUGUAUGAGGAGGGGACUGUAAGGCGCAGGGUAUCCAUCGAUAGAUCUGGCAUAGAUAUUAAUGAAGGACUGCCCUACAUGCUGGAGCGCGCUGGCCUUGACGUCCAACAAGCAUUCUGCGACCCUCUCUUUCCCAUUUCUCUAGAAAUUCAACGGAAUAGAGAGUUCUACAAGAAUGCAGACGUGAGACCACCGUUCACGUACGCUUCGUUAAUAAGACAGUCGAUAAUUGAAUCACCGGACAAGCAGUUGACGCUCAACGAAAUUUACAACUGGUUCCAGAAUACAUUCUGCUACUUCCGGCGGAAUGCCGCAACAUGGAAGAACGCAGUGCGACACAACCUGUCUCUCCACAAAUGUUUCAUGCGAGUCGAAAACGUGAAAGGGGCAGUAUGGACUGUGGACGAAGUGGAGUUUUACAAGAGACGCCCUCAACGCGCUUGCAGCACGACCGGGGGAGUUCCAUCGAAGAGCCCGACACUCACGCACAGUCCUACAAUGUAUGGUGAAGCACUCAACGCCAAUCUCCAGGGAUCUGGGUACUACGAACUACUAACUAAUCCUCUAAUGCAAUUUGAGUAUUUCCAGGCUGCAUUGGGUGAGUCGAACAUGGGAUUUCUGAAUAAUUCAAUGUGCACGUCGACUGCAACUAGUCCAGAUAAAGAACAUGUUAUGCAACAUAAUGAUUUACUCAGGUCACCACUGGAUGAACCAGGAAUGCACAUAAAGCAAGAGGGUCAGAGCCCGGAAGGAGGAAAGCUCUCAAGAUUAAUAAAACGUGAGCUUCUGGAAGCUCAAACGGAGCACGACCACGACGAUGAGGGUGUUGAUGAUCGGGAGUACCCAGAGAGUCACGGCCAGGACUCAGGCCAAGACGAGGACAUGGCCGAGGACCUCUCGAUGGCCCCAGACAUAAUGACGUCCGAUGACCAGAUCGAAGCGUAGUACUCCACCCACUAGGCAACAUUACCCCAUCCCCUCGUGUCCCCCGAGCCCUUGAACUCGUUCUACUAGCCCCUUAGACACCUACCCCUACGUCUACGUAAGGAUUUAAGGAAUUAAACAAUGAAACAAAAGUCACUCACCAUAUCCAAAUAAAGAAUGUUGCAAUAUCGAAGUUUAAAAUUAAAAAUAAAAUGCGAUCAUGAAGACUUUAAGUGAAUUAGUAGAGAUUGUACUCAAAUCGAUGAAUUAGGGAGAAAAAUUAUAAACUCGAAUAAUUGAAGAUCCAUAUCUUUAUUCAAGGAUUGAAGAUGAAAACUCAAAUGACAACGAUUUUGUAAUUUUUUCGCUUUAUUUUACGUUUUGAAAGAAAAAUCCUCAGUUUGUGUAUAUUUCGUAUAAUAGGCAAAAAAAAUUAUCUAUAAAUAUAUUAUACGUCUAGAUUAAACUCGAGGCGAGAGUUGAAUCACUGUAAAAAUAUUUUUACGAAAAAGAUGAAUGAUAGGAAUUAAGUAGCAAAAAUCCAAUUGUAAUUUUCGAAAAAAUAUUUUCACUGUGACAGUUGCACGAUAUGGGACUGGAUCCUUGGAUUGUAUUUCAUGAAUCGAUGAAUUAAUAAGUUAUUCUAUCGAGUGAGUGAGAUUUGACGGAUCCAGCUUGGACAAGCAACACUGUAGAUAUUAAAAAUACGAGAUAGCAGAAGUUGUAGAGAGAGCAAGAGUGACGUGAAAAAAUGUGGUUCAGUCGAAUUGCCAGUCUUGGGAGUAUGUUUUGGGAAUAAAUUAUUGGGACGACUGGACAGGGCACGUCAGAUAAAAUUACUGAUAUUCAAAAUUAAAAAUAUUGGCUUCAGAACCGAGACGCCGACAUUGCCGGAAACUCUGUAAACACCGUCGGACACUAUAGAGUGAGUUCGGCACCGCUUGUUUUCAAUAACACGGGCGUAUCCCGCAGAGGUGACCAAUCAUCGAACCGCAAAGAAUGACCAAUCUAGGAAUAAUGUAUUUCUUGCCGUGUACAAUGGGCGUUUCCCCUAGAUCUGCCAUCUCCGUAAGGCGUAGUCUUACAGUAGGGCGGGAACCCUUUCGGAUUGUCUUUAUCUCCGAGUGCUAUAAUUACGUGAUUAUUGGUUAGGACCUCUAUGAACAUUUAUAAUUACUCCAAAUUAUUUUACAUAAAAAAAUUCAAAUAAAAAAAUCGAAAAAUAAUGAUGUUCAUCCAAGGUCGUACCGUAGCGUAGUCAUAUCGUAAUUCAACAUAAUUGCUAUAUUUGAAGAUCCAUGUGAACUCUUUAGAAACAAUCAGCCUUGGUAUUUUUCUUGAAACUCUCUAGUACAGAUAUUUACAAGUUAAUUUGUACGAAAUUAUCUUGAUAAUGAGUGAGUUCCAAAGAAAUUUCGAGGAUUUUCUUGCGUAGAACAUUUUUUUAGUCUCACAGGCUGUCCUGACAAAGGACAUCCCCUGAGUUAUUAAACCAAUUAUCUGGACUUAUCCCCUGUGCUGUACCACUCCACAGUGUCUGCAGUAUUUAGUGAGAAAUAAUUUAAUUGACUGAAAUAAACGCAAAGCGAUUUAUUAUCACAACAGUCUGACGUACCCAAUUGCAGUGGUUCCUCGAAAAAUUUAAAUAAUAAUUUUUUUGGUAGCCUGUAUAGCGUAGAAUUUAUCUCAUAAGUAGUUUCGUAUUCAUUCGUACCGGAAUUAAUCGAGUUAGAAUUUGUAAAUGAUGAUUGGCGGGCAGCGAGAGACGAAAGUGAUUGAUAAUUAUGAUUAAAGAAAAAAGUGCGCGUGAGGCUGAUUAAAGAUGAUAGUGAAACCAGAUGAAUUAAAGAAAUAUAUAUAAAACGAGAAAAGGGAAAAAGAAAAAUACAUAACACGAAAAAUAAUCAUUUGAUCUUGGCUUAACUGAACAAAAAAUAAUUAAUUAAUUAUUGAUGAGAGAAUCUGAGUGAGAGAGUGCGUUAUAUAAUAUAAAUACGAGAGUUUUAAUUGAACAAACCUCGAGCGGAUGGCAAUGAAUUCAACUAAAUAAAUUUAACGAGAAAAAUUAAUUACAAAAAUUAUGUAUUGAUAUACAUAUUAUUCGUAUACGUAUAUCGGGAUAUUAACGAUUAGAUGUCAGAGCCCUUCAACCAACAGAAAAAACCUACUCCCACUGAAAAAUCAUUUUUAAAAUAAUGAGACGAAAGAAAGAAUAUGAUUAAUAAUUGAGAAAAUUUCACAAAAGAAAUUAUCGAUUGGUUUACUUCUCGGUGCUUUUCGCAUCAAUAUUAAUAAUCAUUAAUCAAUAAUCAAGAUAUAUCACCGUACCUCAUUGCACCUGUAAUCGAUUUGCACCGAUGAAGGACGUGACACAAUUUUUAAAUAGUCUCAUCAUUUGGUUUUUUCAAUUGAAUCUUUACUAAAAUGACAAAACGUAACCAAUAAAUUUUCUGUUAUUGAAUGCUUCAUUUUUCUCACACAUGACUUUAGGAAAAAAUAUUCGAGGACCUUUUUCAGCUUUGGCAGGUUCCUAAAUGAAUGUCUCCUGAUAUUUUCUUGAAGUGAAUUGACAACUCUAUUCAUUUGAAAUUCUACCAACCGUUCUUUCUGUAGAGAAUAUUAUUUUUAAAACUGGUUUUAUAUUUUUUCAUAUAUCUGCCAUUGUUAAAGUGAUUCAUACUCAAAAAGGGAAGCAUCGAAUUGUUACGUUUUAUCAUUUCAUAAGACUUUUCAAAAAAUCAUAAAAAUUAUUUUUUUACACAUUUAGUGUGCUCCGUCAGUCCACUGAAAUCCCGUUUACCUCCAUUAUUAUCGCUACUGUAUUUGCUAAAACAAAAUGAAAAUAUAUAUGAGUGCUAAUGUCACAACAGAGUAAUUAAAGAAAAAACAUCAGAAAUUUUGAAAAAAUGUUUUUCGGAUACGACUUAGCGAGAGGAACGUGACGACUCUCUGGUGGUACUGAAAUCCGCACUCUCGACGCAACUUUGUUGAUUAUUUUUGAAUUAAUAAACAAUAGGAGAAUAUUUAAUUUCUGUAUAAAGUGAAAUAAAUGAGAUGAGUUUAUAAUUUUAUUAAAUUUAUUUUGUGAAUAUUUUUAUGGAAUAAAUGAUGUUUUUCAUGGA